AUGCGCUCCGCACUCAAUAGCGCCCAGUCAUUGGCGGAGAGCAGAAAGAAGGCCGCGACCGGUGCUGGCAUGAAGGAGUUCUCUAGGCCGGGAGAAGCAAGCAUUUUUCAGAUGCUGCAGGCCAAGCCGCAUAUACAGCUAGUCAGCGACUUCACCCAGACCGUGACCGUGCUUGCCCAGACGUUUGUGGCGGACCGUGAGAUCGUGCAUGAGUGCCUCUUGGCUUCAUCACGAAUGUGUACACCUAGGUACGUCGGUAUCGCCUGGAAAUAG